AUGACCCAAAUAAGCACACAAGUUAAUGUGAGGAAUCAUGAAAGAACUACACAACCAUCUCUCUUAAAAUGCAUUGCCACAAUUCUUGAAGAGAUAGUACAAGAAACAGACAAGCUUGAUUCUUCGUCAACAUCAUUUCAUGCUUCGAAAACACCUGCAAUUACAUUAGAAAAUUAUUUAAUUCGAAUAGCAAAAUAUGCAAAAUGCACGGACGAAUGUUUCGUUAUUGCCUUAAUUUAUUUGGAUAAAGUCUAAGAAUUAAAUCCAGACAUUUUGUUAAAUAGCCAUUGUGUUCAUAGAUUUCUAAUCAUUGCAAUAGUUUUAGCCAUCAAAUUUCAAGACGAUGAUUACUACAGAAAUGAUUAUUAUUCAAAAAUAGCAGGGAUCUCUUUAAAAGAGUUAAACCAAUUGGAAUCAGAAUUGCUAGAACUACUAAAUUACGACUUAUUUAUUUCGAAAGAACUCUACAAUAUUUACAUAGAAAAGCUAAGGUAAUACCAAGAAUAAUGA